GUGCAUAAUCAAUCACGCUCAAAGCUUUUAUAACUGUCAAGUGGCUCCAAUAUGCCGAAAAUUUACAAGUAUGAGCUGACGUUGCUCAAAUUCUAUUUACACGAACAUAUGUACCAUCCAAUUCCUAUGCUAGAAUUCUGCUCGAUGGCUACGAACAUCCGUUCCACCCUGCCGAGCAUUGUACAAUCUUGCGCAACUCCCAAAGAUGGCUCCUCGGUGCUGAACAAUAAUAUACAGAGGACAGAAGCAGCAGCCAGUCCUCGUGUUCGACGAAGCUGCUGCGCCUGUAUCUCACAUUGUAAUCAUAAAGCUCGGUUAUAAACCCCGAACUCAUAGUACUCGCAACGUACUAGUUUCUAUACUCGCCUCUCAUCUUCGUCCUCUGACAGCACGACUCAGACAACGCCCUCCCUCCCUCCCUCCCUCCCUCCCUCCCUCGCCCUUGGCGCGUUACCAAAAAGGUGGGUACAAGACCUUGAAGGUUUCGAUCGCUUCCUCGCUCUUUCGAGCCGAAACGAGCCCCAGGCCCUGAUUUUGUUGCCAUCGUUCGAUGGAGGUCAGAGAAUCGUCCGAGUAGAGGAGCUCGGAAGCGUCGGACGCUCCUUUCGACCCAUACUCAAGAGCGGGCUUCAAAUCGCCCGUGAGAUCCGCAGGCACCCCAUCCGUGUAGCACGUGCUGACGAAUUCGGACACUGUUAUUUGAGCGGAUAGGAGCUUGCCGAAUGCUGAGAUUGCCACGCGCAUAUUGUCCAUGGACCCUGUGAUCGGUGCCAAAUCACCCCGUCUCUGCACUGCCGUCUCUCGGAGCGACCGAUGACUGAAUUCAAUCGACCGCUUCCCGUUCCGAUCAACAAUCGCUUCUCGGUCUUCAGGUUCUAACACUCUGGAGAGUAUGCGCACACCUCGUGGCAGCUGCAAUGGAGAAGGAUCGAUGAAAGCGAGUAAUUUCUCGUCGAAAUUCAGAAGAAAUCGGCGAUUCGACCAGACUGAGCUCAAUGUAAGCUGGUUUCGCCCACUCGGAGAAUCAAAAUCCCAGCGUUGCACUGACUCCUGCGAUCAAUCCCCGAGCGCCAGGGAGCCCGAAGCAAAUGUACACCCACUGAAAAGAAUCUCGGAGCGACAGAACGAAACGUGCUCGAAAUCGCCACACCAAAGCUGA